AUGUCAAAAGUCGGUUCAGCUAUUAUUACAAAACAACCUCAUAAUUUUCAAAUUCAUAAUAGUUUUAUUUUAAUGGGUAAUGAAAUAUUCUUACAUGAAUAUACAUUUGCAGAUGACACAUGUGGAUGUGCUACUACUUAUCAUACUACACUUACUGAUACACGUUUACUUACUCGAUCUGAAACAACAUGUUGUUGUAAUUCUUCUUAUGAAUCAGAUCAUUUGGAUGCAUCUGUUUUCUUACGAGAUAUAGCUGAAAUACGUGAAUUGGCAGAAACUCGGCAUUGUUGUUCUUUGUUAUGUGAUAGUUGUUGUGGAUGUUGUUGUCGUCCUUCAAGUUGGAUGGAAGUACGAGGUUCAUUUGGUUCUGAAACUCUUUAUAUAUCGAAAGCAGAUAAGGCAAAUAUACAAGUUGAACUACCGGCGGCAAUUGGAAAUCAUAAACUUAUUACGCAUCAUUAG